GCCCCGGGAUACUGAUCUGCUUCUGCCUGGGUGAAGAGCUGGGUGCCUGAAGUGGGACGGGCAAAGAGGGGAAGCUCUGGCCCCGUCCCGUCCUCCACUUUUAAUGAGCUCUCCGAUCAUGCAGGAGUAAAAGUCCAGGUGGAACAGUUCAGCGCUCGCUCACACGCCUGCUGGUCCUAAUUUGCUUUUUCAAUGAACGCGUAAGAGGAAAACUGCGAAGGGAUUUACUUUCUUUUUACGCCUUCAGGACUAUUUCUUAUAUCUUCCCAGCUUCUCCUCUCUCUCCAAGGUUGGGAGGUUAGAAGAGGACAUCUGGUAGACCUGCUGAACCGGCACACCACCCAUCAUGAUCAGAGCAUCCCUCACUGGCAUCUGCCUCGCGCUCCUCCUGUCCUGUGCUUGCUGGGCCAAGCCUAACGGAUCAAAGAACAAGAAGCCAAAGCAAGUUGUUCCAGACAUUGAGUGUGAUGUAAGAGCAGGAAAGAUCAAUCUCCCAGAGUUCAUAGCCAAAUGCCCUGCACACUGUAAGGAGACAAAGCAGCAAGUCUAUGGGACUGGCGUGUUCGCCUCCAUCUCCAGCAUCUGCAAUGCAGCCAUCCACAGUGGCGUCCUACCUAACACAGGAGGAAAGGUGAUAGUGAGGAAGAUGGCCGGGCAGAACCAAUACAAGGGCAGCAACUCCCAUGGGGUGCGCUCUCUGUCUCUACCGAAGUGGAGGGAGUCGUUCGUUGUCUCAGUUGGGAAGCCCAAGAAAGGAGUGAUCUACCCAUCUACUCUGGACUACGUCCCCUCAAGACCAACCUACGUGAAAACAAGUCAAAAAGAGGCCAAAUCCCCUGCUGUUACCACAGUGCUUCCUACAAAAACAGCACCUGAACCCACAACAACUACAACACCUGAACCCACCACCACCACCACCACCACCACCACUACUCUGGCUCCCACAACUACGCCUCCACCACCCACUACUACCAAGCCUCGGGCUGCUGUCCAUAAAGUCAGAGAUGCAGGCAGCAGUCACCCAUACCUUGCCUCUGUGGCAACCGCAGGUUCAAGACAGUCACAGAAUGGUCAAGGAAAGAUUCCCAGUCAAGUAUUCAGAGGAGCUGCCUAUCCCAAUAGAUUCCCACAACGUACCAGUGCAGGUCUGCGCAGACCAGAAGCAGGUUCAGCUAUCAGGAGACCACCAUCCUCUCCAGUUGCACCAGCUUUUAACAGGGUUCAGCCGGCUACACCCGAGCGGACUCCAACCAUGAGCCAGUCAAACCCGGCUUUUCCCAGAAGGGACUGGGCGCCUCCUUCCUUUCCUCGUCCUGAUUGGUUCCCUGGAGCUCGACGACCAGCAGAUGUUAGUUAUGCAGCCCCAGACUCAGGAUACACAUGGAGUGAGACGGAUACACCUGAGAUUACAGCUCGGGAUCACAGGCCUGAUAUCUCAGAAUAUGAACGCUGGUUUUAUAACUUUGGACCGUACCUACCUCGCAUCCCAGACUCAGAUGGCAACCGUAAAGUACCAUUAGAUACAACCCAUACUAGAGUGGAGCCAGUGGAUGCCUGGAAACCUGAUGCUAAUCCGUAUGAAUCAGGCUUUAACGUGAGGGAGCAGGAACCUGUUCCUAGAGCACCUGAGCCUGUGUCACAAGGAGAUCCAGAUUGUAAGGUGGACCUGGUCUUCCUAAUGGAUGGGAGCUGGAGUAUUGGGAAGAGGCGCUUCAAGAUCCAGAAGGACUUCCUAUCUGAGGUGGCUCAGACCAUCAACGUUGGUGUGGCUGGACCCAUGAUGGGCCUCAUCCAAUAUGGUGAUGACCCUGUGACAGAGAUCAGUCUGAAGUCUUACUCCAACUCCAGAGAGGUGAAGUCUGCCAUAGAAAAGAUUGCACAGAAGGGAGGCCUCUCCAAUGUAGGAAAGGCCCUCUCCUACAUCAACAAGCACUUCUUCAGCGAUGCCAACGGAAACCGUGGAGGGGCUCCUAAUGUGGCUGUGGUGCUGGUGGAUGGCUGGCCCACAGACAAGGUGGAGGAGGCGUCUCGGCUCGCUCGGGAGUCCGGCAUCAACAUAUUUUUUGUCACCAUCGAGGGGGCAGAUGACAAUGAGAAACAAAACCUGGUUGAGACCAACUUUGUUGACAAGGCUGUGUGUCGGACAAAUGGCUUCUACUCCCUGCCUGUGUCCAGUUGGUUUGCUUUGAGGAAGGCUGUGCAGCCCCUGGUGAAGAGAGUGUGUGACACAGAUCGCCUGUUGUGCAGUAAAACUUGCCUCAAUGCCAACGACAUUGCCUUUGUGAUUGACGGCUCCAGCAGCGUUGGAACUGGCAACUUCCGCACGGUGCUUCAGUUUGUGGCCAACAUCACGCGGGAGUUUGAGAUCUCUGAUACCGACACGCGGGUCGGGGCUGUGCAGUACACAUACGAGCAGAGGCUGGAGUUUGGCUUUGGCCAGUACAACAACAAGGCCGAGCUGCUGAACGCCAUCAAACGUGUCAACUACUGGAGCGGCGGGACCAGCACCGGUGCUGCCAUCACCUACGCUGCAGAGCAGCUCUUCAGCAAAUCCAAACCCAACAAACGCAAGAUCAUGAUUGUGAUUACAGAUGGGCGCUCCUACGAUGACGUCAGGGCGCCCUCACUUGCUGUCCAUCGCCAAGGUGUGAUUGCCUAUUCAAUUGGCAUUGCCUGGGCAGCCCACGAUGAGCUGGAGUACAUCGCCACAGACCCCGACAAAGAACACUCCUUCUUUGUGGACGAGUUUGACAACCUCUACAAAUUUGUACCCAAGAUCAUCCACAACAUCUGCCAGGAGUUCAACUCCCAGCCUAGGAACUGAGGAUGCACGGGUGGAGGGGAGGAUGAGUACAGACAGACAUCUUGAUCCUGGGCUGUCUUAACAGAACACUGAUAGUACAUUUACUCACUGUUGCCCAGAUGGUGGUGCUGCAGCACCCCCAAUAUUUAAACAGGGAGGUGUUUUGAAAUGUAUGUGAGGAUUGUGGACAAAACAGCACUCAAAAUGAAUUAGCAUUCGUUCCCAAAUAUACAGAUGGUGCUAAUGGUAAAGGGUUUACAUUCACAGUGAAUGUACACUGAGGUGCCAUUUGUUCUCUGUUGGUCUUAUAAAGAGACCAGAGUACUCCUAUUAUUUUAUCAACAAACUAAAAAGUAAUCCUUUAUAAAUGGUUUCUAAGUUGUAACUAGGGGGUUUACCAAGAAUGGCACUUGAAGAUCGGCUACAAGGCCAUUCUACCUUCUAUUUUAGUUUCAUAAAUAUAUAGCCAGUAGUCUUUCCGUAAUCUUGCUAACAGAUAAACUAAGCAACACACAAACAACUAAAACCUGACCGAGGUAGAUCAUCAUUUAAUGCUUCAUAGAUCAAUUAGAAGGAACUAAUCAGAAAACAUUUUGGGUUAUGUAAUAUCCCCAUAGAGCCACUGGUGUUUAUCUUCCUCUGGCACAAUAUUGUAUCUAUAGUUCUUGUGUACACCUCUCCAAUGCAUAGUUUCACCUCGGUUAUACGGUGGCCGAAAGGCAUAACAAAAUAUUUCUAUUUGAAGAAACACGCUGCAGUUUCAAAAACGAUGCACUGUUACUGGAAGCUUACUAAAAUGUAUGUUUUUAUUGCCUUAUCUUUACACUGUAAGUGCAUGAUUCUUUUCGUUAUUAUUGCUUGCUAGCUACGUAGCUAACCUAGCCAAACAUCAACAAGCGCUCCUGUCCCAGCUGUAUGCAUCACUUUUUAGUGUUCAUUUCCGUGUUUGUUUUGGAUUGCUUUUCAAUUGCAGCGUUUUGUUGCUUUAAGCAAACCCUACCUAUGUUUCAUCAACAUGGUGAAUAUUUUCUAAACCCUGCGCAUAUGUUGUCAUGUUUUUAAAAAGUGUGUUCCUUUGCAUGUGUUUUGGAACAUUUGUGUUUUUAUGUUUGCGUCGUUUUUUGAAAGUGCAGUGUGUUUCUUCUUAGGUAAGAGCUUAGCGCGUUUGCACCUGUUGGCCACCGUACUGCUCUUCUGGAAAAGAGCUGCGGAGCAUCUAGCAUAACAUUAAUUAAUUAGCAACUUUUCCAGUGUUUGUAACUACAAGCUUGUUAAAGCAUGUAGAAUGCAAGGAGACAGAAAAUAUUAUGGAAACCUAAAAUUGAAAUUCCUCCAGUACAACCUACAGCAUGUUUAUAAGAAGGAGCAUUAUUAGAAACUGGUACACAAAUAUACACAAACAUUAAGCCAACUUACUAGGACAUGGUGCUUGCAGAGAAAUGUAGACUUAAAGCUUGCAGAGCACUUCCUCUUAUGGCUUAACAUACUUCAUAAACUUCAUAAUAUGGUGCUUUUAAAAAAUUUUUUUUUACCAUUCUCUGUAAAGAGGAUUCACUUUCUUAGAAUUGGUGCAUUUUAAUCUUCCUAAUAGGAGAGAUUAGAUAGUGGGGACAUCGUUAAAGUUCCUCUCAAAGAAUAUGGUGCUGAUAUUGCUGUUGGUAUUAGUGUUAGUUGAAUUGAGGCUCAUGUGAAAGGCAAAAAUAUCAACAACACAGAACAAGGACUUGUGUGAGAAGUGAGGAACAAGGAGAUUGUAUAUCUUUCUAUAGGUGAUCUCUGGAAUUUGUCUCCUCACUUUUGUUUUUUAACAGUGUGGUUGCUUCUAACUUUGCAGGCAUUUCUCAGUUUUGUUGACAGAGUAUUUAUGAUUUUCUUCCCGUUAUGUCCUGUUUGUACAUACGCAUAUUAAAAGUCUUUCGCUUAUAAUGUUCAUAAUUGAUCAAUAUUUUUUUUUGCAAUUUUUAAUAAAAUAAAGAAAAUGAAGACAACGUAAA